CCGGGCUCCUGGCGCCUGCUGAUAGCCGGCUGCGGCGCGGCGCUGCUUGGCCCGGGAGGCGGCGGCCGGGCUGGCCGUACGGCUCGUGGAUUUUUUUCCCCUUCUUCUUCUUUUUUUUUUUUUUUUUUUUAAAUUUGGCUCGGAGGAGGACCAUUUCCUCUCGACAUGCAUCCCUCCGGAUAGACUGAACAUCCCUGGGUCCACCCCCGCCCCGCGCGGUCAGAGGCAGGCGCUGGGUGCACGAAGAGGAUCCGGGUUGAAAUCUGCGCCCCCGGCUCGCGUCCCCGCCCCGGCCCGGCCCCCCCUCCCCCUCCUGGAGUCGAAAUUUCCCGGGAUUAUGUUUCGGAAAGGUAGGUGAGCGCCGGGCGCGGCGCCCGCUCCGCGCAGCCCGGACCCCGAAGCCGGCCCGGCGGCCAGCAGACAGCCGGCUCGUCUCCUCUGCUGGAGGUGCCGCCGGUGGCUGGGGGGAGAGACUCCGGCACGGACGUUCCCGGCUCUCCCCGUCGUCGCCGUUUUCCGUUAGGAACCCGGCGAGGAAAUACAUGCCCUCGCUGAGACUCGCCCGCGCCGGGGCGCAGCGCCACAAGGUGUAAGGAGUGUGCGGGGUGGGGCGACAGGGGCCCCGGAGGUCCCCGCCGUCCGUUCUUCACCCCUGCCAUCCCCGCCCCGACCAUGGUAGUGUUCAAUGGCCUGCUGAAGAUCAAAAUCUGCGAGGCCGUGAGCUUGAAGCCCACAGCCUGGUCGCUGCGCCAUGCGGUGGGACCCCGGCCGCAGACUUUCCUGCUCGACCCCUACAUUGCCCUCAACGUGGACGACUCGCGCAUCGGCCAGACGGCCACCAAGCAGAAGACCAACAGCCCGGCCUGGCACGACGAGUUCGUCACCGAUGUGUGCAAUGGGCGCAAGAUCGAGCUGGCCGUCUUUCACGAUGCCCCCAUCGGCUACGACGACUUCGUGGCCAACUGCACCAUCCAGUUCGAGGAGCUGCUGCAGAAUGGGAGCCGCCACUUCGAGGACUGGAUUGAUCUGGAGCCAGAAGGAAGAGUGUAUGUGAUCAUCGAUCUUUCAGGAUCGUCGGGUGAAGCACCUAAAGACAAUGAAGAGCGCGUGUUCCGGGAGCGCAUGCGGCCGAGGAAGCGGCAGGGGGCGGUCAGGCGCAGGGUCCACCAGGUCAACGGCCACAAGUUCAUGGCCACCUACCUUCGGCAGCCCACCUACUGCUCCCACUGCAGAGACUUCAUCUGGGGUGUCAUAGGAAAGCAGGGAUACCAGUGUCAAGUUUGCACCUGUGUCGUCCACAAGCGGUGUCACGAGCUCAUCAUCACGAAGUGUGCUGGGUUAAAGAAACAAGAAACCCCCGAUGAGGUGGGCUCACAGCGGUUCAGCGUCAACAUGCCCCACAAGUUCGGCAUCCACAACUACAAGGUCCCCACCUUCUGUGACCACUGCGGGUCCUUGCUCUGGGGCCUCUUGCGGCAGGGCUUGCAGUGUAAAGUCUGCAAAAUGAAUGUUCACCGUCGAUGUGAGACCAACGUGGCUCCCAACUGUGGAGUGGACGCCAGAGGAAUCGCCAAAGUGCUGGCCGACCUGGGCGUCACUCCGGACAAAAUCACCAACAGUGGCCAGAGGAGGAAAAAGCUCAUCGCUGGUGCCGAGUCCCCACAGCCCGCGUCUGGAAGCUCACCGUCCGAGGAAGAUCGGUCCAAGUCAGCACCCACCUCCCCUUGUGACCAGGAAUUAAAAGAACUUGAAAACAACAUCCGGAAGGCCUUGUCAUUUGACAACCGAGGGGAGGAACACCGGGCAGCAUCAUCCACCGACGGCCAGCUGGGGAGCCCCGAGAACGGUGAAGUGCGGCAAGGCCAGGCCAAGCGCUUGGGGCUGGAUGAGUUCAACUUCAUCAAGGUUUUGGGCAAAGGCAGCUUUGGCAAGGUCAUGCUGGCCGAGCUCAAGGGCAAAGAUGAAGUGUACGCCGUGAAGGUCUUAAAGAAGGACGUCAUCCUGCAGGACGACGACGUGGACUGCACCAUGACGGAGAAGAGGAUCUUGGCUCUGGCGCGGAAGCACCCGUACCUAACCCAGCUCUACUGCUGCUUUCAGACCAAGGACCGGCUGUUCUUCGUCAUGGAAUAUGUCAAUGGUGGGGACCUCAUGUUCCAGAUCCAGCGCUCCCGAAAAUUCGACGAGCCUCGUUCCCGGUUCUAUGCUGCAGAGGUGACGUCAGCCCUCAUGUUCCUCCACCAACACGGCGUCAUCUACAGGGAUUUGAAACUGGACAACAUCCUUCUGGAUGCUGAAGGGCACUGCAAGCUGGCCGACUUCGGGAUGUGCAAGGAAGGGAUUCUUAAUGGCGUGACCACCACCACCUUCUGUGGCACCCCUGACUACAUAGCUCCAGAGAUCCUGCAGGAGCUAGAAUAUGGCCCAUCGGUGGAUUGGUGGGCCCUAGGGGUGCUAAUGUACGAGAUGAUGGCUGGGCAGCCCCCAUUUGAGGCGGACAAUGAAGACGACCUGUUUGAGUCCAUCCUGCACGAUGAUGUGUUGUACCCCGUCUGGCUCAGCAAGGAGGCCGUCAGCAUCCUGAAGGCUUUCAUGACCAAGAAUCCCCACAAACGCCUGGGCUGUGUGGCGGCCCAGAACGGCGAGGACGCCAUCAAACAGCACCCCUUCUUCAAGGAGAUCGACUGGGUGCUGCUGGAGCAGAAAAAAAUCAAACCACCAUUUAAGCCGCGAAUUAAAACCAAAAGAGACGUCAACAACUUUGACCAAGACUUCACACGGGAAGAGCCGGUCCUCACGCUGGUGGACGAAGCCAUCGUGAAGCAGAUCAACCAGGAGGAAUUCAAAGGCUUCUCCUACUUUGGGGAAGACCUGAUGCCCUGAGGGCCGCCCCAGCUGGAGUUUGCUGUGCUGCAGGAAGAAGCCCCCAGAAGAUCCCUGUGUUCCAGAGGCUCGGAAGGUCUCAAACUGCUUCUCCUCCCUGGAGCCCCGGCCCCGUGUCCACUCUCUAUUUAUUGCAUCCCCUUCCCCGGCCACCCCUCCCUGUCCACCUGGUGACCAGAAGGCACUCUUGGCGCUUGUCUCUGCAGCCAUGCCUACUCACAGUGGGUCAGCACUUGGCCGUGCACACUGCCGCGUGUGACUGUUGCCAAGCCUGGGGCCGCACCUUGGGGUCUCCUGGUGGUAAAAGCAACUUCCGUUCUUUGACCAUAAAGAAGAAGAAGAAAGGAAACAAGACGACUCUGGCUCUGCCAUGCGACAUAGAGUCCCCACCACCUCUCGCCUGUCAUCCUUCCUGUGCCUGGCUUGCCAUCCCUUCCUUCUGCCCAGGACGAGAGGCUGGUGCUUCUCCCGCACAAGACUGGGCACCGUCCGGGCAUCCCUGUGGCGAAGGGAGGUGGGGAGACACACGGGCCGGCUAGCUGUGUGGGUUUGCUCUGGAAUGGCUACUCGUCUCUUGCUUUGGUUUCUGCUUCGGAGCAUGCCAAAGUCUUGUAAGUGUGUGUCUCGUGGAAAAAAAGAAAUUUGAUUGUGAACUCUGUUAACAUUUGACAUGCAUAUUAUCAAGUUUGCUUUCUAACUGGCCGAAAGAUGUCAAUUCCAAUGUGAAUAUCAGAUAUUAACAGGUAGAUAUUAAAGGGCUAAUAUACAAUGAGAAACCAUGUGUCCAAGGUUCAUGCCAACAGUGCUCCAGUGGCACGUGACGGUCUUAGGAAUUGUGAGGAAAGGAAACAAGUCGUGGUCCUCGUGACAACAGUUCCACCUGAACACCAAGGCCGCCGCAGCCAUGGCCGCCACCCUGGGGGUCUUGCCAAGCUCACCUCCCACGUUCUCUUCCCAGAUUCACCCUCUGUUCUCAGCAUCAACGCGACUCGUUCCCUGCAGCAGUGUGUUCUUUUUUGCGCACGUCUACAAAAUGGUAGUACUACUGUGUUGUGGUUUUCAAGCAUUCAACGUGUAAAGACAAAUAUGAAAUACCUGCUUUCGGAACAGGCAGAAUGAGACUCAGCAGGAGUCAUGCAGAGGAUAUCAGGAGCCCAAAGAGCAACUGGAGUAAACACUGACCGUGUGGCAAGAUGGACUGGUAGUUUUGUUUCUGGGUGACACGCGGUGGUGACGCAUGUGGACACCAUUUCCUGGAUGUGGCGUUACCUCCUAGAGCCAUGUGAAUGGUGUUACAUUCUUGAUUUCCAAGGGUUCUCUAUGGCUCUGGGUGUAUGUUUCCUGGAGGUCAUUGGAUCACCUAUUUUACUGAGCUGGUUUAGCGGGGAAUGGAAUCCAUUCCACCUGUUGCACGUGGGUCUCCCAGCGCUCCCUAAAUAUAUAUACUUGUGAGUGGCAAAGUGGCACGAAUGAAGCUUUUUGCCUUUUGUACAUUUGAGAUUUUUGUAUAUAGUGUUUGCUGCAAGGCCUGUGGGAUUAAUUCAUUGACUAUAGAAGUAUCAACUGCUGCAUGUUCAGGCAUAUUAUAAAACUUUAGUGUAUGAAAGAAUAAUUAUAGGAAUGUUCAGGUGCAAUACUCUGUAUUGGUUCAAGUUACCGAGAGAUAAGUGUGUUCCUUUGAGGGGGAGGGGGUCAUCUGUACUGUUUAUUUCAGUUUGGUUUCUUUUAAAAAAUGUACACAUAGAGUAAGCUAUAUAAAAUCUUACAUAUAGCUCUCCUGUGCUCUGUCGUGCCCAGUUAGAGAUGACAGAGAGAAAGGAAUGCUGUUGAUGGGAUUUCACAGCUUGAACAGUGACUGUCUCGAGCCCACAGAGAGUUUGCGUCUGUAUUUGCAUCCGGCUGGUCAUAGCCUUUGUUCCUGGUGAUGACAUUCAGUUCUCGUUUGUUUUUAUUUUUAAAAAACUCAGGUGUAAUUAUUAUAUGUUCUUAUGAUAAUUGCAACUAUUAAAUAUGCUAUAUCAGCUCGUGUGUUUGGCAUACCAGUGAAGUGAUGAAGAACUUUUAGAUUAAUUUAAUUUAUCUUCGGUAACUUGACGUACUGGGGAGAGACUUUCUUCCGGAGUUGAGUACAAGCACAGAAACAUCUUCUCGGUGGCAUCAUCUCAUUUUUUAGGAAGACAUGACAAUACUGCCCAUCAUACUCAUGCAUAACUACUGCUCGCUCGCUUGCUCUCUCUUCUGCUUCCUGCACCAUUAUGAACUUUGGACAACCAAGCAGGCUCUAACUGCAAUGCCAAAGGGCCUUAUCCAAGGGCUUGGUGGUGUUUGCAUGGCAGUGGGGGGUGGGGAGGUUGGAUCCUUCCUACAGGACAACUGGCAUUCUUUGCUGGGAAGUCAAGUAAUACAUUCCACCUGGCAGCUCCGGACAGCCAGGCAGCCCGGCUCCCCGUUAGCAGCCCCAGCCUGGCUGGCUGGGAUGCUUCUGCCGAUGUUCUCACAUGGGCAGAAUCCACUCCAACCUGAAUCUGCAGAAAAAGGCUUGUGUGCUCCUUGGAUGUUUUCAUUUUUCCAUUUUCAAUAAGGGUUUGGAAGCAGACACAAUGUUAAGUUUCUAUUUCCUUCUACUCUUCCCACCACUUCUCUCUCUUGUUCUCUUCUUCUCUCUAGUAAAAAAAAAAAAAAAAAAAAAGAGUGCAAAACAAUGCCAAAAAAAAAAAAAUGAAGGAUAGCUGUCCUCCUGUGUUCUCUUAUUAUGGACUUUGUGAAGUGGAAACCUAAUGUUCCCUCCAAAGGUGAAAAACACAAUACAGUCUUGCUUUAAAAAAAAAAAAAAAAAAAAAAAAAAAAAAAGAAGGCUAAAAAAAUUACCUCUUUUUAAAUUAUGUGCAAAAUAAUUCUGGCUAAAUAUAAAAUGUAUUCAGUUUUAGGGAUUUUUUUUUUGUAUUGUGAUGCUUUAUUUGUACAUUUUAUUCCUUUCUGGAUGUAAUUUUAAUAUCUUGCCAUUCAUUAGUGUUAUUUCAUUGUAAACAUUAUUGUGCCAAAUGUACUGUAUUCAAAAGGAUGUGAAUGUGUAUUGUUUCAGAACCUAAUAAAUACAAUGAUGUUGAA